AUGAUUCUGCCACGAAUCCUCAAACUGUUCAUUUGGUCCACCAUACUUGUAUCACGUGUAAUGAAUGAAAGGAUAGCGGUUCUAAGCAGGUGUGUGUUGGAGCAAAGUAGGCCGAACUUUCACUUCAUAAAGGAUAAUAACAAGGCGAAAUAUAUAAUUAAGAAGAGAGUAUUUUUUUUUAAUAAGAAAAGGGUAAUGAGGAGUGAAUUAAAAAAUAAUGAACAAGGGAUAAAUUAUAAGAAAAAUAACAUGAUAUUUAAGUACACGAAGUAUGACGAGGCAGAUGAAGUAUAUGUUAAACUAUUAGAAAAGAAGGCAAAUGAAAUAAAAACAUCUAAAAAUUGUUUUAAUAAUAAGAUAAAAAAUAUGCGAAAUGAGGAUGAAGGAUUGUGUCAGCAACGCAUGGAUUAUACCACUUUACAUUUGUUAUCAAUAGAAUUAAAUGCAUUAUUGCAAGAUUGUGUUGUUGAGCAUAUAACAGAGACAGACAAUAAAACCAUAGUAUUACAUUUAAAUAAAAGGGGAGAAAAGGAAUAUUAUUUAUACAUAUGUUAUGAUAAUGACAAUCCAGUUAUCUCUUUAGGAUUAAAAAUAAAAAAGUUAUUUAACAGAUUUAUUGAUGAUAAUUAUGCACAAAAAUUAAAUCCAGUUUUGAAAUAUUCACUCAUUUCAGAUAUAUACGUGAAAAAAAAAUUUGUAAAAAUAUUAUGUAUUGAUUUUAUUUUAAAAAGAAAAAUGGAUGAAGAUAUCGACAUUGAAGACAUUUUAGGCCAUAGAGGAGAUUCUAGUCAAACCAACAGUAGUAGAAAAGUGACACUCCUUUUUGAUCUACACAAUAAUUCUUGUAUUUCUUUUGUUAUCAAUAAGGAAAAUAAUGAAAUAUUAAUUUCUCCACAUAAUUAUAUAACCGAAAAAGUAAUAGAUAAUUCUUAUAAAGAAGGACAUAUUUACAACUUCCCAGCAAAUCAUGAAUGCAAAAUUAUUCCAAAUGAAUAUGAAUUCUUUUCUUCUUUUGUAAAUUUAUUUAAAGCAAGGAAGGAGCAGAAUUUCAUCUCCUCAUUGUUAGAUAUAUACGAAGGAUUGAGUUAUAAUGUUUUAUUAAAAAUUUUGAAUCAUCUGAACAUUUCAAGUAAUGCAAAAUUUGCAGAAAUAGAUUCUGGUUUAUUGCUUGACUUUUUCAAUAAGACUUAUAUUAAAUGGGUUCGUUUUUUAAAUUUAAAAGAAAAAGAUGAAACUAUUUCGUUUUAUCCACAUUUUGAUUACAAGUUAAAUAUAUAUUCAGUUUUAAAAUUUUUCAAGAAGAACAAUAGGGACAAAAAUAAUUUCCUAUCUCAUUUAUCAAUCCAGAAAUUGACGGAUAACGACAAGAUGGGCAUGAAUACACCAGUCGACCCAGUUGCAAUUGGUAGUUUCGCUCAAAAUGAUCGUGAGCAUGUUUCAGACAAAACGAAUCAUGAUGAAAAGGAAAUAAUCAGUGUUGAAGAUGUACCAACAAAAGAAACAGAUUCACUUGGGAAGAAUCCAAUAGAUAGUCGAAAUGAUUAUAAAAGGGAAAAAGGAGGAAAUAACAAGUUAGGUUAUAACUACUCAGAGAAUGCAAAUAAAAUAGAUCGGGAAAAAGAAACACACUUCGAAACGACCAUUGAACUGGUGUACUACUAUUAUGGAAGAAAUCUUUCUGUAAAUAAAUUUUACACGAUUUUAAAAUAUUGCAAAGAAUUCAUUAAAAAGAAAAUGUUACAAUAUGAAGAAAUGAUUAAACAAUAUAAAAACGAUCUGGAAGUAUGUGAAAAGGCGUAUUUGUUACAUGAUAAUAUAAACAAACUAAGUGUCUUUAAUCAUACAAUAUCGAAAAUGAAUGACUGGGUUGACAAGAAAACAUUUGAAGCAUUGAAAUUAAUUGAAAAAGAAUUAAAAUAUAAUUCUCUGGAAGAUAAUAGAAAAAAGUAUGUAAAAAAAAUGGAAGAAAAAAAAGAAAAAGAAGAAAUAUUUAGGAAACAAAUUUUAAAUGUUAAACCAAAUACAAUUAAAAGUUCACAAAACAUUUAUAAAGGUUCUCUUCUAAUUAAAGUUAAUGAAACUGACUUAUCAUCCCCAUUUUUAAUAAUAGGAAGAAACAGUAAGCAGAACGAAAAAAUCUCUACUCAAAUUUUGAAAUUUAAUGAUUUGUGGUUUCAUGUACAUGAGCAUCCAGGAGGACAUGUCAUACUUCGAAAUAAAAAAAUUAAUGGUAAAAUAAUUACACCAGAUUUAAAUUUGGAAGAUAUUAAAAUAGACGAUGAUAUCAAAUAUGCUGCAAACAUGGCUGCCUACUUUUCCAAGGCACGAAAAAUAGAAAAGACUAUAGUUUGUUUCACCUUUGGCAAAUAUGUCCUAAAGGACAAUACCUUAAAUGAGGGGGCCGUUGAGCUCCUGAAGUACAGGCUCGUAUAUGGCAGGUUCGUUUCCGCUAUUGCAGUUUCGUCUGCGCAUCUGUGUGGACAUGUAUGCCUAUGA